AGUGGGAGUUGCUUGAAAAUGAAGGCGUGGCUGGGCUUUGAUUAAAAAUGGGACAAAAUGAGAGUACAUUAUAUAAUAGUAAAGUGGUAGCUACUGAGAAAGAGCAAGAGGAAGAAGAGGAAGAAGUGAGGGAAGAUUUUGAAGAAUUUAAGGAGCAACAGACAAGCGAAAUGAUGUCACCAAGGAGUAAAGGUAUCACUGUUGUUAAUCCAAGGCCAGAGGAUAGUGUUAGUUCACGUGACCAGAGUUCAUUAGAACUUGCAAGACUAAAAGAUUUACCCAAAUUUUGGCCGAUUCUUAAGUCAACCCUUGAUUACGAAUAUCCACUGGAAUCGUUUCAAAAGGGUCUAUCAAGCCCUGAUCUCUUAUCACUGUCUCAAGAUUACAAGAAGCAUCUUAACCUCAUAGCUCAAGUCAUAGCUAAUAAACAAAGAGCACUGGCUAGUAGGAUGAAAGAUAUUGAAAUGUUUUCAGCUGGAAUAGCACAGCAGCUGGAAAAGAGACACGAGAGAAUAGAAAAAGCGUUGCCUCAUUUAGAGAGAGUAAAUGAAUUAUCACAGGUCCUUGAUAACAUUGGAUCUCUAUUGGACGAUGUGGUUCCACUAAUGAACAGAAUUAAUUACUCAUUGCCGGAAUCGUCUCGUUUAGAACAAUUGACUGUACACAAAUCGACUCAUCCAUCACCUCCUCUUGCAGGGGGACAGAAUCUCAGACAUCCAUUGCAUGGUAUGGGAAUGAGAGUUCAAUCAGAGCAUGAGAAUGAGGACGAGAGACAGGAAGAGGAGGAGGAGGAGGAGGAAGAAGAGAGUGACUGAUUUUAUCACAAUUUUAACUACUAGUAAAUGAUAUUGUUUGUGUGUAAUGAAGAAUUAAUGAUAACAUUAAUAAUGUCACUCUUUCUUACUAAUGCAUCAACCAGCUUCUUAUAC